AUGGAGCAUGGUUAUCGAAAAGUGAAAGACGUCCCAAUUGACGCCAUUCGGAAAUUAGCUCGUCCUGUCAUCACAGAAAAUGUUUUUACCUAUGCGAAGAAAUUCUGUCGACAAGUCAUCUGUGGUGCAAUAGGAUCUGCAUUCACUUUAACGUUGGCGAAUAUAUUCAUGUGGAAAUGGGAAAAGAAAUUUGCCCAACGACAAGCAUCUUCAAACGAAAUCUAUGGCCGAUAUAUUGAUGAUGUCUUUUUCACUUCGAAUAAGGCAUUAGACAAAGUUAAUGAAAUGCUAGAUACGGCUAACAAUUGGCACCCAAACAUUAAACUGGCGCGCAACAUUGGAUGUGAUGUGUCAUUUUUGGAUGUUCAUAUCGAAAACAAGAAUGGCACCUUGACAACAUCAGUUCAUCAUAAGGAAGCAGCUGAACCAUAUGUGGUACCGUUUACAUCUGAUCAUCCGAAACAUGUAUUCGGAAAUAUCAUUCAUACUGCUCUUUUACGNUACCACUAA